AUGAAGAUUCAGGGCGUUUUCCUGUCCCUCCUUGGUAUGAGUCUCUUCCUGUGCUUAGUGCAUGCCCGGAGUCUCCAUAGAUGCCCAACCGCCAUGGACACAGACCCUGUAAAACAGAGCUUCCAAGCCAUAAAAGGCGCUGUGCAAGCAAAUGACACCUUCAAAAAUGUCACGAUCCUGUCCAAGCUGCAGAGCAUUAAGCCUUUAGACAUGUGCUGCGUGACCAGGAAGCUCCUGGAAUUCUACAUGGAGAGAGUGUUCAAGUAUCGUGAGGAGCUGAGCGUCCAAAUCUCCAGAGGAGUCAGCAGCAUUUCCAACUCUUUCCUCCCCCUGCAGAGGACUGUGCAGCCCUGUAAGGCACGGAGGCUGUGCCCCUGCAGUGAGGAAGCCACCAGAGCAACCAGCAUCAUCAACAGCAACUAUGAUCAGCUGGAGGUCCAAGCUGCUGUCAUAAAGUCCCUGGGAGAGCUGGAUGUCUUUAUAGCCUGGAUUGACAAGCAUUAUCAUCCAGAACCCUCCACAGCUUGA